CCAAAAAAACCGAAACCUCCAUCCGCGCAUCAAACCAAAAACCCCAAAACCCUCACCAUCUCGCAAGCACCCGCAUCAUUCCGCAGGCCAGCCAGGCGAUUCGCCUCGCUACGGCUGCCCUGCUCCUCCAAUCCUCGAUCUGGUAUGUGAUCCGAGCGCGUUCUCGCGGGUCGGCGCGGAAUUCGGGGAGAAAUUCAAACGGUGUCGGAAGCGCGCAGUUCCCCGGAAGCUUCCAGAACGUUCGGGGGCCUCCCUGCUCCAGCCCGCGCUCCGGGUUGCCCGAGCCGACCGCCAGGAUUUCGCAGGGGACCGGCGCGGCGGAUCCGCUGGGGGCGCUCGCGAGGGGUUGGAAUGGCGGCGCCGCGCCACCUCCUCGCCAUGGUGAUGCUCUGCGCCUCGUUUUCCUCCGCCGCGUCCUUCACCGACCCCCCUGAUGCGCUAGGACUUUGGGGGUUAUAUCGCACAUUGGAGUCGCCGUGGCAGCUUUCUGGUUGGACAUUCCAGGGCGGUGAUCCAUGUGGUGAGGGUAGAGGGAGUAAACACUGGCGAGGCGUCAUUUGCAAGGGAUCGUCCAUUGUCGCAAUAAAUAUUAGCGGGCUCGGAGUUGGAGGAUGGCUUGGCCCAGAUAUGCUAAAGUUUCAGUCGUUGAAAAAGCUGGACAUGAGCUUCAAUAACAUUGCUGGUGAAAUCCCUCCCACUUUGCCCCCAAAUGUGGAAUACUUAAAUCUGGCAGCUAACAAGUUUGAAGGGAAUAUACCAUCAUCAUUACCAUGGUUGCACUCCCUGAAAUAUCUGAACUUUAGCUACAAUAAACUCUCUGGAGUAAUUGGUGAUGUUUUUGUUAACAUGGAUAGCUUAGAAACGAUGGAUCUGUCAUUCAAUGCUUUCAAUGGUGACCUACCAAGAUCGUUUAGCUCAUUGACGAACCUUCGCUAUCUUUAUCUACAACAUAACGAGUUCACAGGAUCUGUGAUUUUGUUAGCAGGCCUUCCAUUGUCAUCCCUCAAUAUUGAAAAUAAUCACUUCAGUGGCUAUGUUCCUGGACCAUUUCAGUCCAUUCCUGAGCUGAGGAUUGAUGGAAACCAAUUUCAACCUGGUUUCAAACAUGCAUCGUCCUCAUUUACUAGGAGGACCCCUCCAGCUCCACCUCAAUCUUUGUCUCCACCUCCAACUCAAUCUCCAUCUCAACCUCCACCUCCACCAGCAGCUAAUCAAAAACCAAAGCAAAGGCCAAAAUCUCCAAAGCCUUCUUUUGGGUAUUCUUCUCUGCAAAAUAAUAGCCACCAUAGGAAGUCACACUCUCGAGUGACAGCUGCUGCAAUAGCUAGUGCCACAUGUACAGUAUUUGUACUCCUCAUUGUUGGAUUGGUUCUGAAAAGUUGGAGAAGCUGUUCAUGCAACCCUAAGAGCACCUCUAACCAUGCCAAGACUUUACCUGCCAAUAUGGAAACAGUCCCUAAAGCAAAUGAAGUCCUGUACUCUUGGAGUUCUCUGUUGAUUGGCAGUGAUACUUCAUCUAGUAAUGGCAUUACAUCUGAAAGAGUUCCCAAAAUAAAAAGUUGGUUCAAGACAUCUAAAAACCUUCUAACUGCAAAGCAGUUUCCAGCUGCGGACAUUCUAGCGGCUACCAGGGACUUCAAUGAAGAAUGUUUUAUUGGUGAAGGUCUCACUGGCCGAGUUUACAGAGGUGAUUUUUCUGAUGGCCAGCUCCUGGCUAUCAAGAGGAUUGACAUGGUAGACCUGUCAUUAUCAGAACAGGAUGAAUUAAUGGACAUGCUUUGGAAUAUCUCCAGACUAAAGCACCCCAAUAUCAGUGCGCUUGUGGGAUAUUGUGUGGAGUUUGGACAUUGUGCGCUUCUAUAUGAGUAUGCCGAAAAUGGCUCUCUUGAUGAUAUUCUGUUUUCAGCAGCCACAAGAUCCAGGGCUUUGUCAUGGAAAGCUCGGAUGAAGAUUGCUCUUGGAGUUGCCUAUGCUCUGGAAUACAUGCACUUGACGUGUUCCCCUCCAGUUGCCCAUGGAAAUAUUAAAGCUAGAAAUAUUUUACUUGAUGCUCAGCUCAUGCCCUACCUCUGUGACAGUGGGUUAACCAAGCUAAGCCAUUUUGUCAGCACCACAAGAAUGAAGGAUUCAGAAGCUAUCACCAGUGCUAAAGGCUAUGCUGCCCCUGAGCUCAGUGAUCCAGGAGCAGAUGGCAUCAAAGCUGAUACUUACAGUUUUGGUGUUAUUUUGCUUGUGCUUUUGACUGGGCAAAAGGCUUUUGACAGUUCAAGAAGGCCAAACGAGCAGUUUCUAGUAGAUUGGGCAGCUCCUCAUCUUGAUGAUCUUGAUUCACUGGAAAGAAUAACUGAUCCAAGAAUAAGGGGCUCUAUGCCACCUAAAGCUAUAUCUUCAUUAGGCAUUAUCAUCUUGCUUUGCGUCAAGCAAUCACCAGAUCUCCGCCCGCCGAUGACAAUCAUAGCAGACAAAUUAGUAAAGCUUGUCGAAUCAACAGGUCUUCAAAAGAUUAGCACAACACAGCACUUGGAGGUUGAUGCUCAGGACCCCUCUUUCAUAACAACCCGACCGUAUUUUGAGCCGUCCUCUACUGUCAGUCAAGGUGGAACAGAGAGCUGCAUCUCCCGGUGAUGAAUGCCCGUCGUUCUUCCUCAGUUCUUCCAGGUAUUAUGCUGCCUUAUCUAGUAGAUGGCACUCCAAGUAUCUCAGAAUUCUCGACCGUCGCACCUCUUUCCGCAUUUCUUACCCAUGCGAAUUGGUCAUGGUCAAAGCUGCUGCGUUGCAACGCCCUGACUACCAAGGACGCCUGGAAUACGGGUAGAUACAGCCGUUGUUGUCAACGGAGAAAAGGAGUAGAACAAACUCCGCAGUCCAGUCUCUUAUUCCUGGAGAAACUGGUUCAAUUUUGAUUAGUGGUUACCCGUACAGUUACUACUUACGCGAGUUCUUUACCCCGUCUCUUUGGGCCCGGAAAAAUCUGAGCUCACGUCACAUGGGGAUGAUAUUUUGGAUGCUCUUUCGUGGUUUGUCCAUGCAUAUUCAUGCAUCUCCUGUUUCACAAGUCGGGUUGCCGCUAUCUCACUUCCUGUAGUUAGCUGUAUUUUGUAUAUAUGUUCGCUGUCUGCCAAACUGUGAAGAUAACAUGUGUUAGCUAGCCAGUGGACAUUGGCUUCCAGCGGCAUCCGACUGGGACCUGGCUUGGUCCUGAAGCGCCCAUAUGGCACUAGGUUCACAUGUUUUCCUGUCAAUAUUUUUGGAUGAUACGUGACGAAACAGUAUAUUCGAUCUCGGCUGUGGUGUUCGUGAUGCACGGAUAGAAAUUGACCAGCCUGUCGUUUGUACGUGUUCUGCUGCUCUGUAAAAAGUGUGGGUUACUCUAACACCUGCAGGGUCAUUUUUACUACAGUACCUCAUUUCACGAGGGCGCAAGCUUACCAGUGAGGUGAUCUUUU